ACCUCCAUGACAGCAGCACUCAAAAUUUUCCGCUCAAUGUACAGUGUAUUCACUUCCAGGCACAACACCGAUGAUGUCCAGACAGAUCUCAAGGCCUUGCAGGACUUAGUAAAAAAAUCCAAGGAUAGGCUGACAGACAGUGAAGAGGUGGAGAAAUUAGAAGACAGCCCCUUAGUUCAGGAGGAUGACGAUGAGGAAAGAAGAAAUGCCCACACAAUUGUUGGCAGAUCUCCCUUCACAUAUGAAUUCAAGAGGGUGUUGGAGGAGGUACAAGGAGAGUUAGAAAAAGCGGACGCUGGGAGUCCACAUGAUGAGGAAAACCCAUACUUCUGCCCAGGCAUUGUUGAUGUCCUUUUCGAGAACUACCUUGGCAUUUUCCCCCUUUGGAGUGGUCUGCUGCUUGGGAAUUUGAAAAGGUAUGCAUCUGACAAGGAAGAUGACACCUUUGGGCCAAGUAAAACAAGGGACACAAACUGUCACGUGGAGAGAUGGUUUGGGAUCGUUAAACAGUCAAUUCUGAGAAAUCAGAGAAGACUAAGGGCAGGGACUUUUGUUCGAAAAAUGUAUGGCUCUUUACAGGGAAGAUACAGAGAACACAUUAUGUGUCACAACUUCUCAGAGCAGUUGCUCCUCAAACCCAUGCCACCAAAAGACAUCACUCAGUCUCAGGAAGGUUGGGCAAAGAGAAAUGGAACAAAGCCUCUCACCACCAGGUCCAAAUAUUUCAAUGCUCCAUCCACUCUUCCAGUUCCAAAGAAAGCAAAAUCAACACAGAACACUGGCAGAGAUCUUCAGAAGACCACAGAUGACCUCACAAUUAAAGGGUCAACACCUGUCACAGAGGUUAAUGCCCUUUGGAAAUGCAAACCAUCGGAAGUUGUUGUAGCUGUUGUGCAAGAUGCUGAACAGAAAACCACUUACACCCUCCGGCACAGGGAAUUCCAAACUUUGAAGCCUGAUGAACUCAUCAUGGGCGAGGUGAUAGAAUGUUACAUCAGAGCCAUCCUCAACUCCAAGGGUACUGCCCAGCGACUGUACUUGAUGAAUCACUACACCAUUGGCGUAAUAUUACAUGGCACAAGGGAACAGAUGGCCAGGCAAGGGUUAAAAAAGGUCACAUUUGAUGACUAUGAUGGAGCCAUUGGAUUUGUUAACAUAAGAAAUGUGCACUGGAAGUUUGUGUAUCUUCAUGCCCUCUCAAGCCACAUUUUUGUGGUUGACCCUCAGCAAGGGUCAAAUGAAGUUGAGGAGUCCAAAAAGGCUGGUCACAGAUUUGGACAAUAUUUCAAGAUGCGCAGGAACAGAUUUGGAAAGGAGGACUGGGUUAACAUCAAGUGGCAGCCUGGCCAGAUAACCCAUACCUUCCAGAAAGAUGUCACCAGUUGUGGGGUCUUUGUCAUGCAGAUGGCCAAGAUGACAGUGAUGGGAUUCCCAAACAUACCACAAACAUUUCACAUUGACUCUGCAAAGAAACGUCUUCAGGUUCUAAGAAGAGAAAUGGCAGAAGAAAUUCUGAAAGGAUCAGUUUCAAAGGAUGACUUCUGUUCCCUGUGUGGAAGUGAGGACCUACCCAAAAAUGUUGCUAAUGCUGUUUGGAUUCAAUGUGAGACUUGCACAAGGUGGUUUCACACACAUUGCCUUGGAAUUACAGCAUCACAAAUACCAAGCACAGAUACCCCCUGGUAUUGUGAGUUGUGCAAGAGCCCUGAGUUGAGUAGCUGAGGGUAAGUUUGACUAACUCUGACCUGAGAUGGAAAAGUUAAGCUCAGGAGAUUUUUGGAAUAGAAUUCAAUAAUCUUUAACAGUAGGACUAUAUUUACAGACUGUAUUUAUGUGGAAGUGUGGUCCAGCCACAAGUUAUAAGCUCAGGUUUGGUUUUUUUUUGGUUUUUUUAAAAAAGCAUUACAUUAUGAAAAAAUAAGGAGAAAUAUGUGCUUCAAACUUUGGGAAACUACAAUAAAUAUCUGUUUUUUAUAUUAGAUUCUUAAUACAAAUUUCAGAUCCAUUCAUCCUUGCAGAUAGAAGUUGUGAACGUAUUUCUGUUUUCUUAUGUUAAAAUUUGGAUUUUUGACUUGCACAGAGAUAUGUAUGGUAUAGUGAUCCGAUGAGUGUUUCUUUUUGCAUAUUUCUUUCUAAAUGCUAAUAGUUAUACUGUAUCAAAAGUCAUAGAAAAUGUGACCCUUUUAUGCUAAUGUUAAAAUUUGUGUGGACAGUGAUUCAAUGAGUGUUUCUUUUUGCAUAUUUCUUUCUAAAUUCUAAUAGUUAUACUGUAUCAAAACUCAUAAUAGAUUAUUUCUCUGAGUCUGGAUUCAUGUCAUGGGGCCAUUGAAUGACUGAAUGUCAAUGUCAGACUUUUGUUUCCCCUUGUGAAUUUUUUUUUUUGAUACAUUGAAUACUUGAAAAAUAAAUGCACUCUAAGAAGUGCACUCUAG